AUGCUCUCUUCUACUUCCACUGCUUCUUCUUCUGCUUUCGGCAAAAGGACUCGUCCUUCUCGCCUCCUAUCUAAACACCGCCCUCCUCCUUCGAAGUCAUGCCUCGCCGCUUCAGUCUCUGGCCGGGAUCCCACCCCACCUGGAGAGCCUUGCGUCCGGAAGACUGUACAUUUCCCCGACGACAAGCUCUCCCUCGAGCGGGUCAGGAUCAUCCCGGCUCGGCCAGAUCGGAACCAAAGGGCCUCCUUCAAGAAAGGCCAGGUCGCGGAGACGAAGUCGUUCAUCAUGUACACUUCCAAUCCCUCAGGCUCCAACCAGCGGUUCCUCUCCAAGCUUCCCGGAAGCUCUGGACCUCGGUACAAAACCCAUUCACAAUGGAUGAGCGUUGUACGUGCCCGUCAACUCGCCGCUGCCUAUUCUUCUGAGCCCCGUUCUCCUCCGCGGUCCGCACCUUCCUCCGAAGGGUCAGCGCCCGAACCUGCCACCGAUGGUUCGCCCCAAGAGUCUUCCUCCUUUGACAUGUCCUCCCUGAAGGUUGCCCUGCCUGAGCCUGCCUCCAGCGGUUCACAGCAUGGGUCUGACUUCGACAUGUCUGCGAUGACUCGUGAUCUGCCUGACCCUGACAAGGCCCUCGACAUGUCCUCUCUGGCCGAUGCACUCCCGGACCCGACUGACACCUUCGAUAUGAGCUCGCUCAUGCGUGCUCUUCCCGACCUCGAUGCUGCCCCCGAAGUACCAUCCCCUCCGCCUGUGCGCCAGGCCGUGGUUCGUCAACGUGUGGUCCAGACCCACGUCCAGGUUGGCCCGUUCUCGCCAGCUUCGUUCUUCAACCUUUGUGCGGUCUUCCUUGUGGUGGGGUCUUGCUUCCCAUGCCUUGCACCAGCAUUCUAUGCUGUGCUUGUGCUGCUCCUCAUCCAUGGGAUGUGCUUCUUUUGA